UUGGUUUGGAAGAUGCUAGCUUCAAGCGACUUUUUGAGAUGGUCUCAUUCUUACCAACGUUUUUAACAGUUAAAAACUCAGCACCAUCAAAUACUUAAGACGGCCUUUCAUAUAGUUUAAGAACUGAGUCAAUGCGAGCAAAGCGAAGUUUUCCGAAACUAAGUGCUUGUUAGUUUGUUUAGAAUGUGGUGAAAACAUACUUUCCAGUUGACAUAGCAAUUAUAUUAGGUGACUUGAAUGUGGAAAUCUAAUUCAAAUCUUCAUCCACACUAACCGUUUGUGCCAUAUCCAUACAUAAACUAGCUACUCUGCUGUACCACCAAUGCUGUAUUUUUUUUUGUAAAUCAGUUGCCUAUUAGUAUCAAUUGUUUAACAGCAGGUUUUUGAGCUAUUGAGAUCUCUUCGGAAGACGAUUUGUAGUUGGGUGAUAGGUCGUCGCAUUGAUGUAGAAGACCUCAGAAUCGUUAGAUUUGUAGAACUUUUAGGUACUUGCUGCCACUUGAGAUGUCGCAAAUUAUGAAUGAAUUUGAGGGUGGAGUAAAUGUACUCUCAAGUACCAAAUUAAAUUCCAGCUCGGAAACUGUUGAGUGUGUAUCAUGUUUUAGGAGCUUAGCUAUAUAACCUGUGUAUAUAUUCUUCUAGUGUGUAGUAGGUUUUAUCCUACUUUGUGAUAAAGCACUUACCACUCCUGAAUGGUCUGGUACUGCCAAAAGUAGGGACAGUCCGCUCUCCCUCUCGAAAUGCUCUCAUAUGGCCACGCGUAUAUAUCCACUGCCAGGGAAGUCCUACUCACUGCCUUCUCGUGGAGGAGGUGUUGUUUACAAAACUGAGAGGACGAAAAGCGAAUUUCCGGUGCUCUAAGUGGAUUAGUGGAUAUGGAGGAUCCGCUGAGGGGAGUUGGAAAACCCUGGUUAUAAACCAGUGGUACACACGAGUCAGGAUUCUGGGGGAACAAAUGGCGUAUGAACCUAUUGUUGGUCACCUGCUACCAGGAGGCUGUACCUCUAUGUUGGUUCACUGCCGUGUGGAUUAGACUUUUAGAUCGAAGGCUCGGGGUGUGGCCUCAUAAGAAAACCACUUGCUCCGGUCUGAACACCCAGACAGUAUCACACUGUGAGGUUCUCAUUCGUACAACUAACAAGCAUUUCCAUUCUAUGUACAUUUAAAAACUGUUAUGGCGGAAUAAAAAGAUAAUGCCUGGUUACAAACAAGAAAUGCCUCCUCCCGGAGGUUUCGCUCCAAUUGAUGUCUCAAGAAAAAUGCCAAAAGGCUAUGUACACGGUCUUAUAACACUUGGCGCAUUGUAUACUUCAACAUAUGUGGGCUUUAAAGUUCUCAAAUAUAUGAAAGGAAAACAAACUAAAAUUAAUAGAGAAGACCAAGAAUGUCGAAUUGCUCUUGCUCCUUUCAUUAUAGCUGAACAAGAACGAUUAUACUUGAAACAAUUACGAAAAAAUCGCGAAUAUGAACAGAAUUUAAUGGGUGAUGUUGUAGGCUGGAAAAUUGGUCAUUGGUUUGACUACCCAGUUUAUCAUAAUCCUCGAGGUUUAUGGUGUGAUCCGGAUGUAAAUGAGUUCUAUGCUCAUGUUGCUGAUUGCGAUAAAGAUUUGAGGCGUAAAGUGCGAAAUCGUUACUCUUAAGUUGUGCUGGCGGCGGAAGCUUGAAAAUCACUUUUUAUUUUUGAAGGACUGAUAAUUUGAGUUGUAGUUAAAUAUGUACUCUAUCAAAUACAAAUUUACUGUUGAGA